AUGGCCCUCGCACGCCUCCAGGCUAUCCUCGCAUGCAUCAAUUGCGGCACCGCAGACCUCACUGCCUCCAUCUACACCUCCGCCUACGAAAAAACAUCCCUCCUCAAGGCAACCAACGCCCGCCCAGAAGCGCAAAUCGCGAACAAUGUAGUCGCAACACUGCUCACUACUUCAAUCACCGGGCAAGCCCUCCGUAUGCAGCUCGACUCGCUCGUCGGGGCUUACGGCUGGCGUCAGAACCUUGCACAGUACAUCCUCGACAAUCUCGCGCAGGCACUGCAAGCCUCGCACGAGAAACUCGGUCCUACCAUCCACGCUGCGUACCUCCGGGCCUGGGACGCUGCAAAAAGCGUUGAGGGGUUCGUUGUCGAGCAUCCCGUCAUGUGUACGGUUAUUGCGCUGGGUGUGCUUGCUCUUGUUGCACCAUAG